AAUUAAGGAACGGUACAAGAAAGGAAUUUAGUCAAGCAUAAAAUGGCGACUCGCAUGCUCCGAAAUUUUCUCGGCCAAGGUUGCAGGAAAAUUAACAGGCGAUGUGGUCGUAGGAAUCUUAGCAGUAGCAAUGAGGGUGGAAGUAGCAUUGAAAGUGGAAUAAACAGUGUAUCUCUGAGUUCCCCACCACCAAACUUCCCACCACCAAAAUAUGCUGUUGUUGACAGAAAGCAACACGAGACACAGGUGACAACUUUAGACAAUGGUAUGAGAGUUGCCUCUGAGAACAAAUUUGGAGAGUUUUCUACAGUUGGGGUAUUAAUCGACUCUGGUUCCAGGUACGAGGUGAAUUAUCCCAGUGGUAUCAACCAUUUCCUUGAGAAGCUCGCUUUCAGUAAAACAACAAAUUAUGCUGAUCGUGACAAAAUUAAUCAAGUACUGGAGAAGGUUGGAGGAAUUUGUGACUGCCAGAGUUCAAGAGAUACAAUGAUAUAUGCGAUGUCGGCAGAGACCACAGGACUACCAGAAGUGCUAGAUAUUCUCUCAGAUGUAGUAUUCAGACCUGUUAUAGAUGAUCCAGAGAUGGAGAUGGCUCGACAAACAAUAGGAUUUGAACUACAGUCACACAAGAUGAAUCCAAUUCCAGAUAUUCUUGUUACAGAAAAGAUAUUUGCAGCUGGUUACAGAAGUAAUACUCUCGGCCUACCAAAGAUCUGUCCUGCUGAUAACAUCACCAAAAUAGACCCCAAUAUCCUCUAUACCUACAUGAACAGUUUCUAUGAUCCAAAGAGAAUAGUACUGGCUGGUGUGGGUAUGGAUCAUGACAUGCUAGUCAGUAUGGCAGAAAAAUAUUUCACCCCUAAAUCACCAAUCUGGACAGAGAACAAAACUGUAAUAGAUCCAUCUAAAGGCAUGGACGAUUCCAUAGCACAGUACACAGGAGGAUUAGUUACUGAAGAAGUAGAUUUAUCGUCAGUAAGUCUUGGACCAACUCCAAUGCCAGAGCUUGCACAUUUAGUGAUUGGACUAGAAAGUUGCUCACAUAAAGACGAUGAUUUUGUAGGAUAUUGUGUAUUAAACAUGUUACUAGGAGGGGGCGGAUCGUUCUCUGCUGGUGGACCAGGAAAGGGGAUGUAUACUCGACUUUACUUGAAUGUCCUUAAUCAGCACCAUUGGAUAGAAAGUGCCACAGCAAUGAACCAUGCCUUUGAGGACACUGGUCUGUUUGUGAUACAGGCUAGUUCACAUCCCAGCAAGCUUGGAGAAUUAGCAGAGGUAAUUUCACAUGAGCUUGCACAGACCGCAGGAACUAUACAUGAUGUCGAAUUAAAUCGAGCCAAGACCCAGCUGCAGUCAAUGUUGAUGAUGAACUUGGAACAGAGACCUGUGGUGUUUGAGGAUGUAGGGAGACAGGUGCUAGCUAGUGGCCAUAGAAAACAACCAGAACAUUAUUAUGAUCUUAUAGGGAAAAUAACAUCAGAGGAUAUACACAGAGUGGCAGAAAGAAUGUUGAAAACAAAACCAGCUGUUGCUGGAUAUGGAACUUUGAAAAAAUUACCUGACUUAGAUAAUAUCCAAAACAUGCUUUUAAAUAAGAGCAAAACCAAGAGAAGAUUUUCCUUGUUUGGAAGAUGAGAAAAACAAAAAGGACACUGUUGUAAUGAUAUUGUCAGUGAAAUGAUGCUUGUUGACUUGUGUGCUGUAAUAGUAGUACGUUUACCUGUCCUCUGCUUUUGUGACUCGACAGACUUCAAAAACUGUAAGGAAAUGAUACUCUGUCAGGUAGUACUGUAUAGAGUUACUUCCCUUAGAUCACUGAAGGAAUAGAUCACCCACUGUCAGGGUACGAUCUUGCUUAGUAGUAAAAUUACUAAAUUUGGUCCUCAUGUUCUAACAAUGUGCAAAAUACUGCGAGAUUUAUAACAGAAAUUUAGAUAUAGUUCUGUAGAAGGUAAAAACUGCUGCAGUUUUAGACAUUUUGUUAAGUUUUCUUUAGUUUCACAACACAGAUGACAAAGCAAUAAAAAUACUAAACAGAGGUUUGAAUCUUUAACGGUCAAGGUCACAUUAAACAUUGAAAUCUAAUAAAAUGUAGAAAAAAAUUUUUUUCAAGUUAAAUGUUUGAUUUUGUGAAGAUAUGGAUGCCAUACUACUAGCAGUUAGCUCAGUACCAUGGACCUUAUAGGGAAGAAGAAUUCAGGCUUAUAGCUGGAAAACUUAAUGUCUUGAAAAUGUUCUGGACUUUUAAUUUCCUAAGAUAAUGUAUAUUUAUCACUGAAUAGUUCAUGGUAAUUUAGUCAAACUUUUGUAUAAAAACAUACUAAAAAGACCCCAAAACCAUUCUUUUCCUUGCAGUUGGUCUGUAUUUGAACUAUGUUUAAAACCAGUUGGUUUCUGUUCAGAGGUGUUUGGUACAUGUUUGACUAUUGUAUAAAACUUUUUUCACCAGUGAGACAGAGUAUUCCAAACAAAAUUGAGUUCGAGAUAAGCACACUAUAUUAUAAUCAUUGUCUACCAAUGAUCAUUGACUACUUUAUUGAAAUGAUGAUUAACAGGAAGCAGGAUUUUUGCCACAAAAUCAUGAAAAUAACUGAACUUAGCUGUCAAAAGGAGAUCACAUUCUUUGAGAUCUGUCAAAAAAAAUCAGUUGAACCUUCUGGACAAUACUCAAUCUCUGAUUUGAUUUCUUUAUUCGCAACUCAAGAGAGUGGUCAAUUUUUUAAAUCCUUUUUGCAUAGUUUUGCAAGGAUUCACAAAAGGAUAGAACAAAUACUGUGUUGAGGUAUAUGAAACAGAGUUGCAUAUCUGUGAUGAAAGUAUACAAAAUAAAUAAAUCUACUGUUAAAA